GCAGUGUUCUUUGCCAGUGCAAGACGUCGUGUUGAGUGUUCUAUACUUGUUGUUUACACACUCUCUCCCUUUCAUAACAUAUAACAUGAAAGUGCUGGUGGUGGUGAUGGCGGUGUGUGCAGCCUGGCCUGCCGACCCUCAGCCCAGGAAGUUCAUCUACCAGGCUGGCUUCCCGUCCGUGAGGCUGUACCCUGUCUACCCUGACCGUCUACACCACGUGUCCCCAGCAGAGAUUCAACCAAAAUAUGCUGCAGCCGGAGAUGACUAAGCCAGACACAGAAAACAAAGAGUUGCACCUUCAGAUGACGAAGCCAGCCACGGAGCGUGAAGAACUACAGCCUGAGAUAACGAAGCCAGACUUGGAGAGCGAAGGACCGCAGCUUGAAAUGCUCAACCCAGACACGGACAGCGAGGGGCUGCAGCCUAGGAUGACAAAGCCAGACCCGGAGAGUGAAGGGAUGCAUCCAGAGAUGACGAAACUUGAUAUGGAGAUGACUAAGCCAGAAAUGACGAAGCCAGAAACGACUAACGAAUGGUUGCCGGUAGUGUCACCAAUAACGAGUGCACUUGAUCCAGCAACCACGAGUGCGAUGCACCCAGCGACGAUGAUGCCACCAACGACGAUGAUGCCGGGAAUGAUGCACCCGACGACGUUGCACCCAGCGACAUUGAUGCCAGCUACGGUGCAGUCAGAGGCAGUAGAAUCGGAGAACACGGCUGUGGAGGCGGAGUCUAUCACAGACCAGAACCUCAUAGAGCCUGUCACAGACCAGAACCUCAUAGAGCCUGUCACAGACCAGAGCCUCAUGGAGUCUGUCACAGACCAGAGCCUCAUGGAGUCUGUCACAGACCAGAGCCUUAUGGAGCCUGUCACAGAUCAGAGCUUCAUGGAGCUUGCCACAGACCAGAGCUUCUUGGAGCCUGUCACAGACCAAAGCGUCGUGGAACCUGCUGAGGUUGAAACCGCUACGGAGGACUUACCCGACCACGUGUUCCAAGUGGAACCUGUUACUAAAGGAGAGGAGGCGGUGACGGAGACGCUGAUGGAGGAGGAAGCGACGGACUACCUGAAUUAUACAGAGGAUAACGAGACCUUCUGAGCCUGCAUGAUUCAUCUAUGGGAGGGGCUGGUAGUCCAGCAGGCUCCUAGUCCUACCCCGGAGGAAGACUGGCGGCCUUACCAUUCCCUGGUGCAACACAGAGAGGGACGGCUGGAGGACUUCUCACCCCCUGGUGCCAUCCGCCCCUAGGGACGGCUGGAGGACUUCUCACCCCCUGGUGCCACCCCUGAGGAAUAUAAGAGCAGACGCACCCCCCUUUCCGCGACUUGUGAGAUCACUAACUCCCUAGCACCUCACCGCUGACUCCCCCACUCGCCCCGCUUUAUAGUGUCACUAUAAAACAAAGUCGUUUCAGUAGGUUGCUUAUGAGGAAAUUGUCACAGAAGCGGAUAUGUAUAGUAUAAAAUUGUCAUUGAAGUGAUUAUAUGUAUAGUAUAAAAGUGGAAUGUAAACAGUAGCCGAGAAUUCUACAUGAGUAAAGUUUUCUGAAAGAUAAAUAAAAAAUCAAAUUAAUAAAACUUUCAAAUUUAAAACUCAAAUAAUUUCAGAUAUGAACUUGAGUAAAGUAAAGAGUGUGUGAGGAACCAGUGGCAGUGUCUCACAGUGUUCCUGGGAGCACUCGCCUGUGUUUGGUCCAGCGUCCUCAGGCGGGCCACCGGCCGCCCCGAUAUACAAAUACCUUCAUUCCACUGUGUGUUUAUGUUCAAGCCUCUUCACCUUUCUAUCAUACCCAUUAUUAACUUUGUACGGAGUCCGUUUUCACCAUUUCUCAGCGCAUCUUAUUUGAUGCAGAGGAUACAAUUAAAUAAUAACCCUGUGAUUGAUGUGGGUCCUCAGAUUUCACACAUGAAUUUACCUUCUUUUGUGUCCUAUCAGUUACCAUGAGAAUUUGGUACGUGAUAAUCAUGUCUGUUCAUACUCCUCUUUCUUCGUGGCAUGAGUUUUAAGUUUUUUAGUCAUUCCUCACAAAUAAUCUCUGUCAUCAGUAAUUUUAAACAAAAACAAAACACACUCAGAAAAAAUUGUUAAAAAAGUAAACUAGUAGUUGUAUCUUGGCCUAAAAAGCUCAAGACACAAAUACCAGUUUGCAGCCCACUUGCUGCCACAGUCAACCAAUAAGAAUGCAGGGAAAUAUUACCCAUUCCCUCAGACUGAUAACCACUUCACCACUCUUAAUACCCACAUACAAUAUAUGCCCAUUUGUAUUCGUCCCUCUGUCUCUGAAGAUGCUUAGGAGUGCUUUAGCGUAAUGUACAAUUUAACAAUUCACAUCAGAAGCAUUGAAAGUUAAUCUUCCACAUUUUCUCACAAAUGAAGAAGAUAAGAAAUACUGUUCUCUACUGCCUGAGACAGGAAGCCUCUUUCGAUUAAUUUUGUUUUCCCGGGUCAUCUUCCACAACAUUUAUCUUCUCCUCAACCAGUUGCCCGCAAGCCAAUCAUGCAUCUGAUAUAUAUAUAUAUAUAUAUAUAUAUAUAUAUAUAUAUAUAUAUA